CACAACUUCCCCGUUGAAAGUGUCGUAAACUUGCUCAAUAAACGCUUCAAAAGCUUCUUUUAAGACCAAGAAAAGUGUGUCCCUCAAUGUACUGGUACCGCGACCUAACAGUACCCUGCUAAGGCUUUUCGCCCAUGCUAACCGGGCCGUGACAUGCCACCUAAUGACUCCGGUACCGUCUGCGGAAAAACGCGGAAAGAGCUUACUGGCGCGAGCUUUCCGGCUAAUUCAGUCAGUAGCUUGUUCUAGGUACCAUCGAGCGGUACCAUCAUCCGGGCCUUCUAGUGAUGCGAGUUUUGGCUUUUCCGCGCAAAAUUCUCUAGUGGAUUGUUGGGUGUAAUGUUCUAGUUGAACCUACAGGGUGCACUGAUUGAGUGGUGCUCAUUUGAAUGAAAAUGAUCGCUCUUCUGCUGCUGUUUUUCGUGGGAACAAUAGAAGCCCAAGACUAUGACGUUACCGAAAUCCAGUGCACGUUCGCAGUUAGUCAAGGUAGCGCUAAGGACACGGUCAUGGCCAAGCUGCGGAAGCCCGAAGGCUUUAAAGGCCAUCCCAUUUUUGCCGAUGACCGAGCCGUUGAUCCAACCAGGGAUGCUGUUUGCCAAAUCCGGCCGGAUUUGAGCGAUCCGUCCGGCUUGAGAUACGAGUUGAAAGUCACCGACUUUGGACGCUGUGGAGUACUGAAGAAACGGGGCUUCGUGCACAUAAGAAUCUGGUUCCCGCAGUUUCCGGGCGUGGUGAUGCAAUCUGAUCAGGAAGUGAUCAUCAUGUGCAAACCUCCCGAGCCCACCAUAAUCGAGAACAAAGCCGCAGGAUUUGCUGGAAGCUUCCCACACGGCGCCAGAGUGUCCGGAAUAGUGGAGGAAACUCCCGGAAGGUUGGAGUAUGAGGUCGCUCUGUAUAAGGAGGCUCCUGCAGCCAAAAUCACCAACAUGUCCAGCAGCAAGGAGCUGCCAGUGGACCAGGCCGUGCCGAUUGGCACAAAGCUGCAGUUGAGAGCGCGCAUCAAUCCAGACUCCGCUUGGAAGUACGUGAAACUGAUGGAGGUGACUGUGUCUCCUGACCCGGAUGACCCUCACAUGCCCGGCAGCGUUGUUCUAGUCAAAGACGGGUGCCGAAACACCGACUUUGCCAGCAUCAUCCCCCGCCAGCCCGACAAGUUCAAGGAUCGCACCAACGAGGUCUAUCUGGACUUUGAGGCCUUCCUCCUCAGCACCAUGAAGGAGAGAUCGACGCUCUGGAUCCAUUCGCAGAUCAAGGCCUGCAUGGAGUCUGUCGACUGUCCGCCGGACUUUUGUUUGGACCUUUACGAACCCACUGCUCAUGGCAGAAGAAGGAGGCGCCGUCGUGACACGGCCGAAGUGAUUGAAGUGGUGGAACCAGCCAACUCCGAAGUGGGUCUCCAAAGGUACAACUCCACUCACUUUACGAAGAUCAACGGCAAUCUGGAAUACACCGUGCUCAUGCCUGGGGAACUGUUCGAGAAAGCGUCGGCCAUCGAGGGCAGCUGCAGCACAUUCCUGGCAAUAGCUGCAAUAUUGGGGUGUCUUCUGUUUCUGGCCGCGUUCCUCAUGUGCUGGCUGGCUUCGAAGCUGCACUCAGCGCUCGUGGCCGCCAACGAUCCGAACAAGAGUGUGGAGGAAUACGUGAGGGAGGGCAGGCAUUAUAGCGACAGUUGCUACACCGGAAGAGCCACAACGCAGUGAAGCCGAGUGAAUUGAAUGAGACUUUGCCGGAUUUGGGCUGAUAACUGUACAGGGUAGCUGAGCCGAGUUCAAAGACACCCUGUACAUAGGCCUGGUUUAGCUAGUUAUUUAUUUAUUAGUAGAAGUACAAUAAGACGAUUUUUGUACAUAUGCAGGGACCAUUCAGAGCAGGCCGAGGCGAAAGCAAUUUUACAAAAGCGGGGCGUUUCUGUCAAGUUGCUUUGCUGCUGGAUGAAGCCUUUGCUCUAUACAGGGCGCUUGGGUAGCACUUUGUAGUUUAGGCCAAAUUAGGCAAUAAAUUGCGCAGAAGAUUC